GGUACCUGUGCAGAGGGCACUCUACAAGGCCGUGAUGCUAGAGAACUAUGAGAGCAUCAUCUCACUGGGGCUUCCCGUUCCUCGGCCUGAUGUGAUUCUUCAGUUAAAGAGAAGGGGCGAGCCCUGGACUCAGGGUCUUCAUGAAUCUGAGGAGACAGCAUGGCCAGAGAGUGUCUCUCUAGACUUGGAAACUAAGUCUGAGAUCCUAGAUGCUUCAGAAGGCACACUGAGAGAAAUCUAUGGAAGACAAAGUUCUCUAUGCCUUAAACAUGAAAUCCAAACACUAACAGGUAGGUUAGAACCAGAGAAGGAAAGUCCCAAAGCAAAGACUUGCAAAAAGCCCCUUCCCUUGGAUAAAAGCUUGCAGCAAAGGUCAGCUCCAUUCAAGAAAACCCUCGCUAAACACCAAGACCAGGAAUGUAGUGAGUGUGGGAAGACCUUCUUUGACCAUUCGUCCCUCAUCCGCCACCAGAGGACUCACACUGGAGAGAAGCCAUAUGACUGUCCUGAGUGUGGGAAGGCCUUCAGCCACAGGAGCAGUCUCAGUAGACAUCUGAUGUUCCACACAGGAGAGAGCCCGUAUGAGUGUAGUGCGUGUGGCAAGGCCUUCUUUGAUCGUUCAUCCCUAACUGUACAUCAGCGGAUUCACACAGGGGAGAAGCCGUUUAAAUGUAAUGACUGUGGCAAAGCCUUCUUUGACCGCUCAUCCCUUACUCGCCACCAGCGAAUCCAUACUGGAGAGAGUCCCUAUGAAUGCCAGCAGUGUGGGAAAGCCUUCAGCCAGAAGAGCAUUCUCACCCGUCACCUGCUGAUCCACACUGGCAGGAAGCCUUACGAAUGUAGUGACUGUGGGAAAGCGUUCUAUGGUGUCACCUCCCUAAACAGACACCAAAAAGUGCACACUGGGGAGCCCCGCUAUCAGUGCAGCGAGUGUGGCAAAGCUUUCUUUGACCGCUCUUCUCUUACACAGCACCAGAAGAUACACACUGGAGACAAGCCAUAUGAGUGCAGCGAGUGUGGGAAAGCCUUCAGCCAGAGGUGCCGGCUCACCAGACAUCAGAGAGUUCAUACGGGGGAGAAACCGUUUGAGUGCAGUGUGUGCGGCAAAGAGUUCAGCUCCAAGUCCUCAGUCAUUCAGCAUCAGAGGCGUUACGCCAAACAAGGGAUAGACUACCUCUCGGAGUUUGCUAAGCGCUAUGAAGGACCCGGAUGCGCCCGGCCACUACAUGCACGACAGCGGCACCCUCGCGUCCUGCCCCCUGGCUUGAGGCGGGACGCGAACGGUGAUUCAGUCUUCGUGGAGUCCGGGUCCAAGCCUGGAGUGUUACUGGACAGUUUUCCCGAGGAAAGGGCCAUGGACUGUGAAGACCCCAUAGAAAAUAGGCAGGGAAACCAUGAGAAGCAUCCAAGACGAGAGCUGGUCCCUCAGAAGAGCCUUUCUGUGGAGAGAGGCUACCAACGUGAUGCAUUUAAAAGAAAUUUUAGUCAGCAGUCACUGCUUGUUCAACACCCAGGAGAGAAACUUCAUAAUUAUGGUUCACUUAAGAAUUUUACAAAUUCAGAAGUGAUUAAACGAGAGAAACCGUGUACAGGGAGGAAACCUUGGCAAUGUAAGGAGUGUGGGAAGGUGUUCAGUUACUACUCAGCUUUCGUCCUGCAUCAGAGAAUUCACACUGGAGAAAAGCCCUACGAGUGUAAUGAAUGUGGGCGGGCCUUCAGCCAGAGCAUACACCUUACCCUCCACCAGAGGAUUCACACUGGAGAGAAGCCCUAUGAGUGUCUCGAGUGUGGGAAGGCCUUCAGCCACCGCUCAGCCCUUAUUCGGCAUUACAUAAUCCACACUGGAGAGAAACCCUAUGAGUGUAGCGAGUGUGGCAAGGCCUUUAAUCAGAGUUCCUACCUCACUCAACAUCUGCGAAUUCAUACGGGAGAGAAACCUUACGAAUGUCAUGAAUGUGGGAAGGCCUUCAGCCAAAGCACAUUCCUCACCCAGCAUCAGGUCAUUCACACUGGAGAGAAACCCUACAAGUGUAAUGAAUGUGGCAGAGCUUUUAGUGACCGCUCAGGCCUCAUUCAGCACCAGAGGACUCACACUGGGGAGAGGCCUUAUGAGUGUAAUGAGUGUGGGAAAGCCUUUGGCUACUGCUCAGCCCUGACACAGCACCAGAGAACACACACUGGGGAGAAGCCCUAUAAAUGUGGUGACUGUGCCAAAGCCUUCAGUGACCGCUCAGCCCUUAUUCGACAUCAGAGAACACACACUGGAGAGAAGCCUUAUAAAUGCAAGGACUGUGAAAAAGCUUUUAGCCAGAGCUCAUCUCUUACAAAACACCAGAAAACCCACACUGGAGAAAAACCCUAUAAGUGUAAAGAAUGUGGAAAAGCUUUUAGCCAGAGUUCAUCUCUUUCUCAACAUCAGAAAACUCAUGCUGGGGGGGAAAACAAGGCAUAUGGGCAAGCCUUUAGUGAGUAUUCAGUUUAUGGCCAACAAAAGAGAAUCCACACUGGAUAAGUGUAGUACAUUCAAGGGUAUUUUUGUUUGUUUGAUUGGUUUUGAACACUUAUCAUAUGUUAUGAGGGCUACAAAGAAAUUUAGGACUGUUAUCUUAAAAGUUAUUGAAGCCGGGCAGUUGUGGCGCACAUCUUUAAUCCUAGUACUUAGGAGGCAGAGGCAGGCAUA